AUGUUUCAUGUGGAGUGGUGGUUUUUAGUUUUUUGUCUCCCAAAAGUCCUAUUGGCAGACAACACGGAGACAACUGCCUACGUGCCGCUUGGUUAUCAUCAUGCUUUUUCGUGUAACAUACCUAUUGUACAAUCCGAUUUGAUGAGAAAAGCUGCUUGGAAAAUAACAACGGUUAUUCCUAAUGGAACUGUCGCUGAGCUGCCUAUUUACCCUGAAACGAAGAAAAAUGGAAGAAGAUUUUUCUUCAAAAAGCUGGAUGCUAAGAGCGAUGCGAAAAAAGAAGACUUCAAUCUAUACGGAUUCGGUUUACAAAGGAUUCAUCAUGAUAUUGUGCUCAAAUGCUACAUUGUGCUUCAAAACGUUGGAGAAGUUAAAGAACUGUCAGCCUCUACUAGACUCGUCAUCCAAGAUUGCUCAGAGGAAGACUCAAGUCUUAAUCGCCGAAAUCCUUGUCAUUAUGGAAAAUGCUUGGUGAAGAAUGCAAUGGAUACGAACAGAUUUCAGUAUGUUGAAUGUUUGUGCAUGCCGGAAUACACGGGAACAUUCUGCGACGUUCCAAUUCCAACUGCGAAAUAUUGGACUUUACUCUAUUAUUCACCGAUCAUAACAUUGGGAAUUUUAUUGACAUUUGUAUCAACUUCCUAUACUCUAUUCGACGGUCCCAGAAUUAUCCGACCGUUGUCCCUUGAAAAACAUAUGCCUAUCGGAGAUAGAUGGCUAACUCUUCGGAAGCUAUAUCCUGCAUCUUAUGUGAAACAGGAAGAUAUUCCCGAACUUCUCGAUGAAACGUGUUUAGAUGAUUGA